AUGGAGGACAGAGAAAACUACUCCGGCCUGCAGGAGUUCACUGACCAGCCGAUAUCUGGAGGGAACAGGCCCAUUCUCCAACGCAGCGACAGCUCCCAGGGACUGAAGCGGAGCGUUGAGUGUUUGACGAGUCAGACUGCUCUCCUGAUGGUUAUUGGCUUUUUGGCCUCCAUCUGCGCCAACAUCGUACUGACUGUGCUCUUGAUUGGUAGGCCUGUGCCAGGUAUGCCCCUGCGCUCUCCACCUCUAGCUUUGAAACUGACUUCAGUACGUAACAUCCAGCUGUGUGAGGACUACACCGCCCUGGGACGGAGGGCAUGUUCGCAGACAGUUGAGCAGCGUAGGGAGCGUCCUGGAGGAUUUCUUCAUGUCGGAGAUCGGUGUUGCCACUUCAGCGGGGACAAGCUGGACUGGCUGAGGAGCAGAGACAGCUGUGUAGAGAGGCAUCUUACCAUACCGCAUACUAUGGAACAGCAUGUUGCUCAGGAAAAAGAAGCGAGAGAAUUGGUGGAUUUGAUGAAAACUGUCUGCCUGUCUGAUAUAGAGAAAAAAGGAGACUGGAGAUGUGUGGACAACACAACACUGCAACACAAAUAUUAGGAUCAGUGGGGCUCAGAGCCAGAAAACCACCAGUCAGGAGGAGAACAUGAGGAGGAUUGUGCCACCUUAGACAGCCACUCAAAGACAUGGUUCGAUGUUCCUUGCAAUCACAUUUAUAAACGGGUCUGCCAGAUGGAUUCAUUCAGCUCAACUGAGUCCUCAUACACCUGA